AACUAUGUAGUGCUUAGGGAACACACAAAAUUAUAUUCUCUCUUAGAACCUCUCGACAGAAGUCAAGUUCCUUAGCUAUGGCAACAGCAGGAAAGGUAAUCAAGUGCAGGGCUGCUGUAGCCUGGGAGCCUAACAAGCCCCUUGUCAUGGAGGAGAUUGAGGUGGCUCCACCUGGAGCACAUGAAAUUCGCAUCAAGGUUGUGGCAACAGGACUGUGCCAUACAGACUUAUACCACCUAUUUGAGUCAAAGAAGAAGGAGGGCUUCCCUGCAGUGUUGGGGCAUGAAGGAGCAGGCAUUGUGGAGAGCGUGGGGCCUGGAGUAACAAAGUUCAAACCUGGAGACAAGGUCAUUCCCCUUUUUAUUUCUCAGUGUGGUGAAUGUAAAUUUUGUAGGAACCCCAAGACUAAUCUCUGUGAAAAAGGCUGGUCAAACGAACGGUAUGAUGUCAUGUCAGAUGACAUGUCUAGCUUCACCUGCAAGGGGAAGACCAUCCUGCAAUUCAUGGGCACCAGCACCUUCUCAGAGUAUACCGUGGUGAAUGAAAUUGCUGUUGCUAAGAUCCAUGACUCUGCUCCCUUGGACAAGGUGUGUUUGCUUGGAUGUGGUAUUUCCACGGGAUAUGGAGCUGCUGUAAACACAGCAAAGGUGGAGCCAGGAUCCACAUGUGCCGUAUUUGGCUUGGGGGCUGUUGGAUUGGCUGCAGUCAUGGGAUGCAAGGCUGCAGGGGCCUCCCGCAUCAUUGCAGUGGACAUCAAUAGCGACAAGUUUGAGAAGGCUAAGGUGUUUGGGGCUACUGAUUUUGUGAACCCCACGGAACUCAGCAAACCUGUCAGCCAAGUACUGGCUGAGAUGACCAAUGGUGGUGUGGAUUUCGCUCUGGAGUGUGUUGGCAAUGUGGGGGUCAUGAGAAGUGCACUGGAGUCCUGCACAAAAGGCUGGGGGGUCAGUGUCCUGGUGGGGUGGACUGACAUGUAUGACUUUUCGGCAAGGCCAAUCCAGCUAAUAACGGGACGCACUUGGAAAGGUUCUUUAUUUGGAGGGUUUAAAAGUAAGGAUGGUGUACCCAAGCUGGUGGAUGAAUACAUGGCCCAGAAGCUGAAACUGGAUGAUUUUAUAACACACACCAUGCCCCUGCACCAAAUCAACGAUGCCAUAGAACUCAUGAAGCAUGGAAAAUGCAUUCGAACCAUAUUGAAUGUGUGCCCAGAGUGAGGAGAGAUGACCACAUCGAUUGUUAUGCAACAUAUAUAGCUUCAAGGAUUAAGAGUCAUACUCUUGUUAAUUUUCUAACCUUUGCUAUAUGAAAUCUAUUAAUUUCCCUGACUAAUUCUGUAUUCUUUCACCAAAGCUUUUAUGGUUAUUUACCUGGCAUUAGACUUAAGUUCAAAGUAUUACAAAGCUUAUAUUCAACACUGAAACAUAUCACUGUGCCACACUCUAAUCCACCAGUUUUUAUUAUACUUGCAUGCAUACAUUUCUUUAAGAAUCAAAACAUUUUAAUAUUUAGGAGUAUUAUAUAUCACUAAGGUUAAACAGUGAGAUAAGAAACACAACUAAGAAAACGCCAAGUAGUGUAACACCAAAUUAUGUAAAUUACAUAACCACAUGCUCCCUUUUCUAAUGAUUAACUUUCCCACCGUAAUGACAAGAAGUGUAAAGGGUGCAACUUUAAGUCCAGGAAGACAAAAAGUGAGUUCCUUUGUCAUGGUAAAUUUCAUGCCCCUCAAACACACCCAAAAUGUUAUAUGCAACAUGUAAAGGAAUGAAAAAACAAAUGUAACAAAUACUAGGCAAAAGGAGAACUACAAACACUGAACAGAAAAUGACAAUCAGUAAUGAACCCAGCA